AUGCCGACAUAUUUAGGAAUGAGAGAUUUUUAAUUAUUUCUUAGUAAUGAAGGGUGCAUGGAUAAAAAUAUAGUUCCUUUUGAUGGUUGUUUUUAAAAUAAUUAUGAUUGUAUUUAAGGUUGCGAAAAUUGUAUUAAAGGAAUUUGUUAUGGUUGUUUUAUUGGAUGGUAAUUUUUAGAAUAAAUAAAAUCUUGUAUUCCUUAAUGUGGAGAUGCUAUCAUCACUUAUGAUGAGGAAUGUGAUGACGGUAAUUUAUUAGCUUAUGAUGGAUGUCACUAAUGCAAAUACUCCUGCUCUUAAAAUUGUAGAGUAUGCUAAUUUGGAAAAUGUUUGGAGUGUGGAAAUUCAUAUCUACUUUUAGAAGGUUAAUGCUAAUAUAUUUCUGAUUAUUUAGAUAACACUUAUAUGGUAGAAUAAGUAGAGUGUUUCAAUUUCUUUAUGAGUUAGGAAUAAUA